AUGGCACCUAGUCACAUUUUACGGGCAAUCCAGCCCUUACGAUCCUCCACUAUGCGGUCAACAUUUCUCCUACCCACACAGACGCCCGCCGCUCUGCAAUGCAACCGACCAACCUUCCUAGCCAGCAGAUUCAGCACUUCCCCGGAGAUAGCCACACAACAACAGGAAGAAGCUAAACCUAGCGCCCGACCCUCCACCCAACCUCCGUCUCUCCGCGAAUACCCCUACACUUUGAAGAAGGGAACGGUUGUCUCCGUUGGUCGCAUGGACCGUUGCGUUCGCGUUGAGCACCGUCAUACGAUCUGGGAUGACUACUUGCGCAAGAGCUACCCUAAGGUCACUACGUUCAUGGUUUCAGAUCCUCAGAAUUCUCUGCGCGAAGGUGACGUGAUAGAAUUCUCCUCCGGAUACCCAAAAAGUCGUCGCGUACACCACGUCGUCGAGCGUAUUAUUGCCCCAUUUGGCGAAGCUAUUGAGGAUAGACCGCCCGUUCUGUCAAGGGCAGAGAGGGAUGCAAUCCGCCUUAAGAAGCGAAUGGCGAAAGCGGCACGCAGGGAGCAAAGGAGGGUUGAGAAUGGCGCUACUCAAGCUCAGACCUCUGUACACGGACAAGAGCAUAUUGGGCGUAUUCGUAGGCUAGUUCUGGAGAGGACAGCUGCAGACACUGCGAGUGUUGAAGCAUCGGCUUAG